CCUCUAGGCAGAAUCCACAGUGGAGCACAUUGCCUUAACUCUUCUCGGAUCCAUAGACCUGUCUAAUAUUUUCGGGCAUUUUCUAACAGGGGGACUCAGCGCUGACGCCAGUACAAAAAGCCCGUACCAUUCCAAUCUUGAGACAUGAGCCAGAGAAAUAAUUUGGGCCAACGGAGCAAAAAUUCUAAUUCUUCCUGUCUAUAUUGAUUAUUAUUCUACCGAGUUAUGCUGCCAUAGUCUUGUUUCUUUUCAAACCCUCCUCCAAGAUGUCAUCCACCAAAUUUUCGGAUACUGGGAAAGAGCCCCAAGUCACAGAAAGCUCCGUUGCUUCUAGUCCCAGUCUUUCGGCUCAGGAUGAGAAGCAGCUUUCCACGCCAUCGUCUAAUUCUAUCAAUAUUGAGAGCCAAAUACCUUCGCCUCCACCAUACCAUGUGUUUUCUCGGUCCCGCAAAAUGCGGAUGGUCUACAUUGUUUCCCUCGCUGCCAUCUUCUCCCCUCUAUCUUCUAAUAUCUAUUUCCCUGCCCUUGGGCUCAUAUCAAAGGAAUUGAGUGUCUCUAUUUCACUCACUACCCUAACCGUGACAGUCUAUAUGAUUGUUCAAGGACUUGCCCCUAGCUUCUGGGGCACCUUCUCCGACGUUCUCGGUCGACGUGUGAUCUUUAUCGGAACCUUUAUUGUCUACAUUAUUGCAAACAUUGCACUGGGAGUCUCAAACAAUUAUGGAGAGCUCAUGGCUUUUCGUGCUCUUCAAGCUGCCGGUAGUGCGGCGACUAUCUCAAUCGGUGCUGGCGUCAUUGGAGAUAUCACUACAUCAGCUGAGAGAGGAAGCUUAGUUGGAGUCUUCGGUGGAGUCCGUAUGCUUGGUCAAGGAAUUGGUCCGGUCUUCGGAGGCAUUCUAUCUGAGUAUUUGGGCUAUAGAUCCAUCUUUUGGUUCCUUAUUAUUCUAUCUGGAUUCAGUCUAUUCUCCAUUCUCUUCUUCCUCCCCGAAACCCUCCGUACCGUCGCUGGAAAUGGCACCGUUCCCCUGCACGGAAUCUACAAACCUUGGAUAUAUUGUAUCACUGGCCAGGAGCAUGCCAAGGAAGGCGCAUUACCAUCUGCGGAGAAGAAAAAGGUCACUUUCAAGACAGUGGUGGCCCCUCUUGGGUUUUUGGGUGAGAAAGACGUCUUCAUCACCUUGUCCUUUGGUGCAAUCGUGUAUACGGUCUGGUCUAUGGUGACUUCGUCCACUUCCGAUCUGUUUGAAUCCACCUACGGGCUCAACACGUUAGAGGUUGGCCUUACCUUCCUGGGAAAUGGGUUUGGCUGUAUGUCUGGAUCAUACACCAUCGGCUACCUGAUGGACUUCAACCACAAGAGAACGGAGCGUGAAUACUGCAUCAAACAUAACCUCCCGCUCGAAAGUCGCAUCACAACCAAGACUCAUCCCGACUUCCCGAUCGAGUACGCUCGCAUGCGCAACACCUGGUGGAUCACAGCCCUCUUCAUCGUGUGUACAGCCGUGUACGGUGUAUCUCUUAAAACCCAUCUCGCAAUUCCCGUUAUCCUCCAGUAUAUCCUCGCGUAUUGCGCGACUGCUAUUUUCACCAUCAACAGCGCUCUUGUUAUCGAUCUCUACCCCGGAGCCAGUGCCAGUGCGACCGCAGUCAAUAAUCUGAUGCGAUGCUUGAUUGGUGCAGCCGGUGUUUCUGUUAUCCAGCCCAUGAUCGACGCCCUCACAGCUCGAUGGACUUUCUUGCUUCUCGCCGGCAUCACAUUACUCAUGGUCCCCUUGCUGGCAGUGGAGAUGCGAUGGGGUGCAGGAUGGCGACACGAGCGCACUGAGCGCCUUAAAAGAAAAGGUGCUUCAACCUAAGCCGACGAGCUGUGGGAUCAACCAAGUGAAUCAUCGAGAACGACUCUGAUUUACACUUGAGUCCUUGAGACGGAAAGUUUUUUCUCUUCAACAGGAGAAAGGGAUUGGAUUGUUGGGUAUAGACAUGGACUGGGCAUCGAGGCUUUCACGACAUAAUGAUUUCGGCUUCAGCGUGUCUUUGU